AUGGCGGCCAUGCUCGGCCAGCGCUACAGGGUCCAGGUGAGGAACACCUUCAUCGACGACUUCGGCCCGGGCGCCGAGGAGCCGCCGACACGCGCGGUGAGGCGUAGCCGCUCCGAGCCCCCGCUGCGCACCCUCGCCGCGCGGGCGGCCGCGCCGGCCGCGGAGCCAGAGGCCCCAGAGGGGGCACUGGGCCUCGGCCCCGUCGGCGCGCUCGGCAGGAUGGAGGCCGAGAGGACCGCGCGCGGCGUCCUCGAGGUCGCGUUCCAGCAGCUGGCCAGCCUCAGCCCGGAGGAGGUCGCUGCCGCCUUGCACCUGGCCGCCCGCAGGCUGCGCGCGCCCCAGCUCGAGGCGGCCUCGGGCGUGCUCCUGCCGCCGCUGCUCUCGUGGCUACGGGGCGGCAUCGCUGAGCUCCGAGGCGGCAGCCGUCUCUCGCAGCUCGCGUGGGCCCUGGGGAAGUUCGGCACGCGGGCGCACCCGGGCAGCCCCCCGCCCGUGGACGGCAUCGACGAGUGCAUGUUCCAGGUCUGCCGCCGGUACCCCGCCUUCCUGGCGGGGUGCUCCGACGCAGAGCUCACCAACUCGCUGUGGGGCCUCGCCAGGAUCUGCCCGGGAGCGGCCGGCGGCGCGGCGGGCGGCGCGGAGGCCGUGGUCGCUGCGUGCCACGCCAUGGUUCGCGGGUGCCUCGGCAGGGUGGAGGCGCUGACGGCGCAGUGCCUGGCGAACGCCUUCUGGGCCAUGGCGCGCCUCAAGGUGCGGGGCCCGGACGCGGCGGAGUUCGUGACAAGGGCCCUCGCGCGGCUCCGCACGGCGCCGCAGCUCGCGGCCUUCACGCCGCAGGGCCUCGCCAACGUCCUGUGGGCCCUCGCCCAGCUGCGGCUCGCCGGGGUCUGCGCGGGGCCGCUUGACAGUGCCACGGUGCAGGCGGCGCUCGUCGCGGUCGCCGAGGCCUCCUCGCACCGCCUCGGCGACUUCCAGCCGCAGGAGCUGUCGAUGGCGGCGUGGUCGUUCGCGAAGCUGUACAGGCAGGGUCGCUCGGGUGGCCCCUCCGGCAUCCCAGCGUGGGGCGGCCGCUGCUCGGCUAGGCCAACGGAGGUAGACAGCAUGCUGAUGAGGCUGGCUUCGGUGGCGACGCGCCGCAUCGACCAGUUCGCGGACCAGGGCAUCUCGAACAUCGCCUGGGCUUUGGCCACCCUCGGCCUCGCCGGGGGAGAGGCCGCCGCGGCCCCGGGGCGGCUGUUCGUCGAGUCCGCCAUGGACUUCUGCAGCACGGAGCUGCGGGGCUACUCGACCCAGGCCGUGGCGAACAUCCUGUGGGCCUGCGUGCGCGUCGACCCCGAACAUGCUGUGGGCCUGCGUGCGCGUCGACGACUGGACCGCUUCUGCUCGGCGGCCGCGGAGGUGGUGACCGAGCGCAUGGCGAGCGCCAACGGCAGGGGCCAGCGCGCCAACCUCGCGGUGACCUGGAAGGACCUGUCCGGCGUGGCGGCCGCGCUGUCGUACGGGAGGCAGAAGUCGCAGCCCGUGGCGCGCUUCGGUCUGCUGCUGGCCCGCCAGGCGGCCGAGCAGGUGUCCGAGGGCGGUCUCACGAGGCAGGAGAUGCUCAACAUCAGCCUCUCGGUGGCCCGCAUGCGGGUGCCGCCGACCGCCAUGCAGGAGCUCGUGGACAGCGUCGCGACCUGCUUCGCGGUGCGCGGCGACCCGCCCAACCAGCUGGACCUGUUCCAGUGGGGCCAGGUGCAGAAAUGGUGCCCGCCGAGUCCGGCGCAGUUCUGCGGCGCGGGCGUGCAAGCGAGCUUCCGCGGGGGUCUGGCGCGGUGA